CACACACAAAAACGCCGUUUAUUAUUUAAGGGUCAACAAAAUUAUGUCACGUUAUUUUGCUCGGCUCGGUUAAACUUGGCCCUAACCGAAGAAUAAAAUUACAACAGCAUUUACAGCCCCGCAAAUCUGCUCGGGUUGAUAAUCUACAGCAGUACUAUCGCUUGAAUGUAUGUGUGUAUGUAUAUAUGUAUGUUCAUACAUACUGAUGUUUGUACUUGAAUAUACACACAUUUGCUUACAUUGCUUGCAUUGAGAGCUGACUAUGCAUUCUUGAUGAGAUUGCUAUGUUACUGAUAAGUGGGUGUAUCGUGGUAACUGAAGCAAAAAAAAAAGAUUGACCGUGUACUUUGUUUCCAAGUCUCUGAAGAAUAUGAGCGCUCGUAAUAUUUUACUUCUAUCCUCAUCUCGCCUGCACGGGUACGGCUAUCUGGAACACGCCCGGGCUCAGCUGGAAGAUCUCUUUAAGUCCAAGAACGUGAAGACUGUGCUCUUCGUUCCUUACGCGGGACGGAACCAUGACAAGUACACCGAGACCGUUCGUUCCGCUUUGCAGCCUUGGGGCUACGCCGUCGAGGGCUUGCACAACAAAGUCGAUAAGGCGCAGGCAUUGCGCGAUGCACAGGCAAUCUUUGUGGGCGGCGGCAACACAUUCGUCCUGCUACGCACGCUCUAUGAGCUCAAUUUAGUUGAACCUAUACGAGAGCUAGUGCUGGAACGCGGUCUACCCUACGUUGGCAGCAGUGCUGGCACCAAUGUGGCCACGCGCUCUAUUCACACGACCAAUGAUAUGCCUGUCGCCUAUCCGCCUAGUUUCGAGGCGCUAGCGCUAGUGCCGUUUAAUAUUAACCCUCACUACCUUGAGACGGAUGCGAACACCAAUCAUAAAGGCGAGACGCGAGACGAACGCAUCGAGGAAUUUGUCGCUUACCACAAGCGACCGGUUCUAGGACUGCGCGAGAGCAAUUUCCUCCGCAUCCAGGGGGAUCGGGCGACGCUCUUGGGUACACGCGCUGCCAAGCUGUUUAAAGCAGAUGGCGCUGCGGAGGAGUAUGCGCCUCAGGCCGAUUUGAGUUUUCUACUGCAGCAAUAAGGAAGGAGCUUCCUCAGAGGCCAGCAGCAACACAGAUUAUAUUUUAAAUAAAAAAUCAAACACAUUUAUGUUUAUAUGAAUAUUUUUGAAUCAACAAUUUAAUAUAUGUUUGUCAAAUAUAA